UGUACAAACAGGAGAUCGAAACAAUGGCUACAUCCACGUCGGCGCUCAUCCUCCUGCUGGCUGUGUCAUUCGCCGCCGGCGCCAACGCGACGUCCUUCAGCAUCACCAACCAGUGCCCCUUCACCGUGUGGCCGGCGGCGAGGCCAGUGGGCGGUGGUAGGCAGCUGAACAGCGGCGAGACGUGGAACCUCGAUAUCCCCGCGGGCACCAGCACGGCCACGAUCUGGGGCCGCACGGGUUGCAACUUCAACGGCAACUCCGGCCGCUGCGCAACCGGCGACUGUAACGGCGCGCUUGCGUGCGCCCUGUCUGGGCAGCCUCCGCUGACGCUGGCGGAGUUCACACUCGGCGGCGAGUUUGACUCCUAUGAUAUCUCCGUCAUAGACGGGUUCAACAUCGGCAUGGGCUUCUCUUGCAGUACCGGCGUCGCGCUGCAGUGCCGGGACUCUCGCUGCCCCGACGCGUACCAGCAGCCCAACGACGUCAAGACCAAAACCUGCAGGGGCAACAGGAGCUUCCGGAUCGUCUUCUGCCCAUGAUAACUUACAGGGCUUCCGGGUCGUCUUCUGCCCAUCAUAAGUCUACUUCCUAUUAUGAGAGUCAUAUGCAUGUAUGUAUAUGUAUACGACCAUGAGUGGAACAAUCGGUGCACACACGGGUGCCCAAUAAAGUCGAUGA